AUGAAGACCGCAGCCAUCCUCGUCGCGACCUCGCUCGCCGUCGCCAACGCGACCAUCUCGGUGCCCGGCAUCAACUACAACCCGCGCAUUGGGCCCAACUGGGGCCCCGACGCCACCAACUGCAAGUCGUCGGCUCAAAUCGACAAGGAUUUUGCGAUUUUGGCCAAGGUCACCAAGGGCGUGCGCAUCUACUCGCUCACGGACUGCAACGCGGGUGAGCUUGUUAUUACCGCGGCCAAGAAGGCGGGUCUCACGGUCUGGCUCGGGCUCUGGGUCGGCCCCCUCCCGUCGAUCUUCGAUGCGGAAAAAGUCAAGCUCACCGAGCUCAUUGAGAGCGGCCUUGUUGACAGUACUGUCGUCGGUAUCCACGUUGGGUCGGCCGCUGUGUUCCGCAAGGACGUGACACCCGAGAUUGCGAUCGCCAACAUGAAGGAGGUCAAGGACGAGCUCGCGACGGCCAAGAUCAAUGUGCCGGUGACGAUCGCCGAUUAUGCGGAUACAUGGGCGGCCAACCCGUCGAUGGUCGAAGCG